GGCUGGAAGGUGGUGGUUUGGUUUUGAGCUUCUCUUGGUUAUUAUGCUACAGUCGUCGUUCGACAGCGACGUUUAAGCCAAGUCAUCGAACAGUUUGUCCACUCUGUGUGUUAGUAUAUCACUGUAACAAAAAUGAGCGACGUCCAGGCAGUACAGAUGGUAAAAUCGGAACUUGAGACUGAAGACGCGAACGAGAUUAUCAUCGAGGAGAAACAAGAUGACGUGCAAUACGACACGGUUCCUGGUACUUCCCCAAAACAACACGUGCAUUUACAGGUUCCAAAAAUACAGGAACUAGCGGAGGAUGGGACGAGUUCGACUUAUACGAGCGACGAGGAAGCGCUUUACCACACUGAUGCGCAGAACGAAACCACCAAAGGGGAAGGCAAGAACGGGGAGGGCGGUCAAGAUGACAUAUGGACUCCACCGGAAGAGGAACUCGUUCAAAAAAUCAUCAAACAGGUUGAAUUUUAUUUUUCCGAUGCCAAUAUUAUCAAAGACGCAUUCCUGUUAAAACAUGUGAGGAGGAAUAAGGAAGGCUAUGUCAGUCUCAAGUUAAUUACAUCAUUCAAGAAAAUGAAGUCGCUAACGAAAGAUUGGAAAAGUGUGAGAUUUAGCCUAGAGAAAAGUGAUAAAUUGGUUAUAAACAAGGAAGGCACCAAGGUCAAACGUAUAAACGCACUUCCAGAAAAUGAUGAAACCACACCUAGUAGGACUAUAGUUGCAGUCAACCUUCCUAUGCAGGAGCCCAGUAUUGAAGCCGUCGCUGAUUUGUUUUCCAAAUGUGGUGAUAUUGCCCUUAUACGAAUUCUACGACCUGGUAAAUCGCUACCGCAAGAUGUGAAGAAACAUCAAAACCAACAUCCUGAGUUAGGUAAAACUGUCUGUGCUUUGGUAGAAUUUGAAAAGUCUGAGUCUGCCAGAAAAGCCAAGGAAUUGUUGAGUAAUAAAGACGACUGGAGAAAUGGCAUGCAUAUCGCGGUUCUCAGUAAAUCUACACCCAAGAAAACUGAGAAAACUCCAAAAGAGGCAAACAAAGAGGUACCAUCACCAAGUAAUGGACAGAAAACUGGGAAUGAAAAGUCAGCAAAAGCAAAUGCUGCGCAAAAUGGUGAGGAUGGUGAUAGUGAAAAUGAAGGAAAAAGUCGCAGAAGAAGAAAAAAGAAAAACAAUCGAUUGGAAGUGCUAGGAAAAAAAGGCGAAGGGUCUGGGUUUUCUAGCUCAUCUGAUGUUGAAGUUAGUUCACCUUCUCCAUUUAAAGGAGACAAAAAAGGUACCCCUAGUCCUAUCAAGCAUCUACAUAUAUCUCCUAAAAGCGGACAAAAUCAUUUAAGUCCUGGUGUGUCUCCGAAAUCUAGCCCUCAUUCCAGUCCUCGAACCAGCCCAAGAUCACAGCGAAGAAAUAAACCAGGUCAGUCUUCGUUUCUUAGUCCAAAAGCCAGUCCUCUCACCAGUCCGGAAGUAAAGCGUAAAACCGAUUAUUCAUCCGACGGAAGUGGGUCAUCAAGUCCAUGGGUACAACGCAGACUGUUGGCUGCACAAGAUCAGAAUGUGCUGCGUAGCGAGGGGAAUAGUCCACGCAGCAGUCCUUUAGUGAGUCGCAGAAUGGUUGAUCCUGCUAUAAAACCAUGUUUAGCAGACUUGGAAGGUGUUAUCAGGCAACCAAAAGGACCAGAUGGCAGCAAAGGUUUCUCUCUAGGAAGAGGAAAACCGUUAGUAAAUUAA